CGCGAGAGCAGCAGUCAGCGGGAGCUGAGGGCGAGGUGAGAAUGUUCUAAAGAGGUUCCAAAAUGUUCUAUUAAAAAAAAAAAAAAAAAAAAAAAAAAAAAGGGGGGGGGUCCGGGUUAGGCAGUGCAGGUCUGGAUGCGCCCCUCCGAGCGCACGUGAGCUUUAUGACUUUUGGCGGGGCUGCAAAUGGGCGGCACAGGUGGCAACCUCUACCUCAGCAUGUUGACCGGCGCCGAAGCGCAGACCCUGGCCAAGACCCCCGAAGGGAGCGGACACCUCCACCGCGGCGCUAAGGACCUGGCGGACUUGAAGAUGGGCAUCCAGGACGCGCGGUUCUACUACCCGGACUCGGUGACGGCCGGCGCCCAGGACGCCCUGGCGCUGCAGUACCACGCGGAACAGGCGGCCGGCGGCUUCGGGGCGCAACCAGCCCGCUUCUACGCGCAGACGCUCGCCGGCUGCCCGUACGGUGGCGUGCGCUCGCCGCCGAGGAGCGCCGCGGGACCGGGCUACGGGGACGGCUUCCCCGCGGCGGGCAAGGACUCGUACCCGCCGUCGCCGGAGAGCUUCGCGGCGGGCUACCAGCGGGCCGGCCUGUACCCGCUGCCCGGCCUGCAGCUGUGCGGCAAGACGCAGGCGCUCCUCAACAACUACCCGCUGUGGGCCAAGUUCCACAAGUUCCACACCGAGAUGAUCAUCACCAAGCACGGCAGGAGGAUGUUCCCCUUCCUGAGCUUCAACAUCAGCGCCCUGGACCCCUCCGCCCACUAUAAUGUCUACGUGGACGUGGUUCUGGCGGACCAGCACCACUGGCGCUACCAGGGGGGGAAGUGGGUGCAGUGUGGCAAAGCGGAGGGCAACAUGCCAGGAAACAGGACAUACGUGCACCCCGACUCGCCCAACACGGGCUCACAUUGGAUGAGACAGGAAGUGUCCUUCAGCAAACUCAAGCUGACCAACAACAAAGGCAGCACCAACAACGUGGCACAGAUGAUCGUGCUUCAGUCUCUGCACAAAUAUCAGCCUCGUCUUCACGUGGUGGAGGCCAAGGAGGACGGCUCGGAGGACGCCUUCCAGCCGUCCAAAGCUCAAAGCUUCGUCUUCCCCGAGACCCAGUUCAUCGCCGUCACCGCCUACCAGAACGCAGACAUCACGCAGUUGAAGAUCGACCAACCCUUCGCCAAGGGUUUCCGGGACAGCUACGACACUUUGUACGCGCCCCCCGACCGCCUCACCCCCUCCCCCACAGACAGCCAAGCGCUGCUGGCGGGGGGCUGCUACCCUCCAGGCUACCUGAGCGAGCCGUACAUCAGCCCGCUGCCCCAAAGUCGCUUCUACGGCCGCGAACCCGUGACGGGGGCCCAGCAUCACAAGGACCUGGCCUCCAGCCCGGGGCCCCACUGGUACCUGCCUUCCCAGCAGGCCGUCACCCCCAACCGCCUCGACUUCACCUCGUCAUUCGAGGGCGACUUCUCGGGAGGCGGCCUCUACAAGCCCUUCCCCCUCCAGACACCCGCCCUCAGCUACUACCCCGAGCACCCGUUCACCUCCACCAGCGUGUCGGCGGCCACCACGGCGGCAUGGACCGCCACCCGGCCCCCCGCUCAGUACCUCAGCCACGCCGGGAAACCCUCCCCCGGCCUGGCCUGGUUCAGACCGCUCGCCUCCUCCCCCUCGUCGCCCGGCAACGCCCGGCCGCACCUCGCCUCCCUGCUGGAGCCCCCCUUACUAGGUGACAAGGCCAAAGAGGCGGGGGAGGAGCAUUGGCUGGCGCCGCCCUCGGUGAAGUCGGCCGACCCGACAGACUCGCAGCUGUUUGCGGGCGAGGCGAAGAAGCGGAAGGUGUCGCCCAACACCUCCAGUGGCGAGAACUCGCCGCCGCUACCGCACGCAUUGGAAGUGUGCGACAAAGACAGCGACUACUUUGGAUAUUACACCCACUGAACCUCACCCCCCGCCCCCACCCGUGGCCCCGCCCUCCCACUCACACCUGGACGAGGCCCCCGCUGAACAUUUGUGCGGCCCCUCAUGAGGACGUUGGAAGGUCAACGUCACACAGCAGGACGUGGAGCGGAUGCGACGCGACCGCAGAAAGGACGCCCCGAGGUCACCUGAAUGCAACGCACACCUGCGACCGUCGCCUCGGAAACAUCUGGAUUGUUUAAAAAAAAGAAAACACGGGCAUAUCUUGACAAGAGCCUGCAGGCCUUGUCUCCUCUUCUUCCCCUCUUCUGCCGUCAAACACCCUCUUUUCUCACCCUCUCCUCCUCGCACCCGCAGUUCAUCUGGCGCCCUCUCGUGGCGGCGCAGAGCACUGCAGGCUUGAUUUUCUCACUCAAAUGAAUGCAUUUUUCAUCUUCACUGCUAAAUGAAGGAACAUAUGCAAACCUCGAUCAGCUAAAAUAAUUACAAAACCCUUGAAUCUCAACAGAAUUUAGCUUUUAUAAAACAUACAGAGCGGAACUGUUGUUUGUGACGGUUACCAAGGUAAAGCACAGGUGUCCAAAACACAGCUCGGAGCUCAUUUUUUGACGGCCCGCGGCACAAUCGUUGGCAAUUCUUAUAUUAGCGUGUUAGCUUUUUCGCUAACAGUCGUAUUUGCUCAUUUGGUGCAUGCUAACGUUUGCAUGCUAGCAUUUAAAAAUUAAAUUUAAAAAUGUUAGCAUGCUUCAUGCAUGCUAACAUCUGCAUGAUAGCAUUUUAAACAAAUGGUUCAGGUUCACACCUCAAAGUAAUAUAUUUUGGUACUUGACGCAUGUUAGCAUGCUAACAUUAGCAUACUAGCUUUAUUAGCUAAUAUUGUAGGUAAACUCCUCAGCCAUGUGUUGGUACUUGAUGCAUGCUAACAUAAGCAUGCGGGAAAAAAACAGUUAUACACAAAAUAAUAUAUUAGGAUAAUUGACACGUGUUGCAGUUAGCAUUUUUGCAUGCUAAAAUUAGCUUUAUUAGCUAAUUUUGUAGGCUUAAACCUCAGUCAUAAUAUGUUGGUGCUUAAUGCAUGCUAACAUCUGCAUGAUAGAAUUUUAAACAAAUUGUUCUGGUUCACACCUCAAAGUAAUAUAUUUUGAUACUUGACACAUGUAAAAGUUAGCAUUUUAGCAUGCUAACAUUAGUACACUAGCUUUAUUACCUAAUUUUGUAGUUAUACACCUCAGCCAUGUGUUGGUACUUGAUGCAUGCUAACAUUAGCAUUCGUAAAAAUCAGCUAUAAACAACAUUUGCAUGAUAGCAUUUUAAACAAAUUGUUUAGGUUCACACCUCAAAGUAAUAUAAUAUGGUAAUUGACACAUGUUACAGUUAGCAUUUUAGCAUGCUAACAUUAGCAUACGAGCUUUAUUAGCUAAUUUUAUAGGUAUACACCUCAGCCAUGUGUUGGUACUUGAUGCAUGCUAACAUUAGCAUGCGGAAAAAAAACAGUUAUACACAAAGUAAUAUAUUAGGAUAAUUGACACGUGUUACAUUUAGCAUUUUCGCAUGCUAAAAUUAGCUUUAUUAGCUAAUUUUGUAGGCUUACACCUCAGACAUAAUAUGUUGGUGCUUAAUGCAUGCUAACAUCUACAUGAUAGCAUUUUAAACAAAUUGUUCAGGUUCACUCCUCAAAGUAAUAUAUUUUGGUACUUGAGGCAUGUUAGCAUGCUAACAUUAGCAUAGCGAAGCGAAAAAUAUUUAUAUAGCGCUUUUUCUCUAGUGACUCAAAGCACUUUUACAUAGUGAAACCCAAUAUCUAAUUUUUACAUUCAAACCAGUGUGGGUGGCACUGGGAGCAGGUGGGUAAAGUGUCUUGCCCAAGGACACAACGGCAGUGACUAGGAUGGCGGAAGCAGGGAUCGAACCUGCAACCCUCAAGUUGCUGGCACGGCCGCUCUACCAACCGAGUUAUACCGCCCCAUACACAGUAAAUACUAGUAAAUUGUUCAGGUUCACACCUCAAGGAAAUAGUUUGGUACUUGACGCAUGUUACUGUUAGCAUUUUAGCAUGCUAACAUUAGCAUACUAGCUUUAUUAGCUAAUUUUGUAGGUAUGCACCUCAGCCAUGUGUUGGUACUUGAUGCAUGCUAACAUUAGCAUUCGAAAAAAAUCAGCUAUACACAACAUUUGCAUGAGAGCAUUUUAAACAAAUUGUUUAGGUUCACACCUCGAAGUAAUAUAUUAUGGUAAUUGACACGUGUUACAGUUAGCAUUUUCGCAUGCUAAAAUUAGCUUUAUUAGCUAAUUUUGUAGGCUUACACCUCAGUCAUAAUAUGUUGGUGCUUAAUGCAUGCUAACAUCUGCAUGAUAGAAUUUUAAACAAAUUGUUCAGGUUCACACCUCAAAGGACAAUAUUUUGGUACUUGACACAUGUUACAGUUAACAUUUUUGCAUGCAAACAUUAGCAUACUAGCUUUAUUAGCUAAUUUUGUAGGCUUACACCUCAGUCAUAAUAUGUUGGUACUUGAUGCAUGCUAACAUCUGCAUGAUAUCAUUUUAAACAACUUGUUCAGGAUCAGACCUCAAAGUAAUAUAUUUUGGUACUUGACACAUGUUACAGUUAGCAUUUUAGCAUGCUGACAUUAGCAUACUAGCUUUACUAGCUAAUUUUGUAGGUAUACACCUCAGCCAUGUGUUGGUACUUGAUGCAUGCUAACGUUAGCAUGCCAGCAUUUUAAACAACAUUUUCCGAUACACACCUCAGAGUAAUAUAGUAUGGUACUUGAUGUAUGUUACAUUUUGAAUUUAACAUGCGAACAUUAGCAUGCUAGCUUUAUUUGCUAAUUUAAUAGCCAUAAACCUCAGUCAUAUUUUGGUACUCAACGCAUGCUAACAUUAGCGUGCUAGCAUUUUAAACAAAUCAGGUACAGACCUCAGAGUAAUAUAUUAUCCUACUUGACGCAUGUUACAGUUGGCAUUUUAGCAGGCUAACAUUAGCAUACUAGCUUUAUUAGCCAAUUUUGUAUUUAUACACCUCAGCCAUGUGUGGUACUUGAUGCAUGCAAACAUUAGCAUACUAGCUUUAUUAGCUCAUUUUGUAGGUGUACAUCUCAGUCAUGUGUUGGUACAUAACACAUGCUAACAUUAGCACGCCAGCAUUUUUAACAACAUUUUCCGCUACACACCUCAGAGUAAUGUAGUAUGGUACUUGAUGCAUGUUACAGUUAGCAUCUAAACAUGCUUACAUUAGCAUGCUAAUUUUAUAGCCAUAAACCUCAGUCAUAUUUUGGUACUCAAUGCACGCUAACAUUAGCGUGCUCGCAAUUUAAACAAAUCAGGUACAGACUUCAGAAUAAUAUAUUACGCUACUUGACGCAUGCUACAGUUAGCAUUUUAGCAGGCUAACAUUAGCAUACUAGCUUUAUUAGCCAAUUUUGUAUUUAUACACCUCAGCCAUGUGUGGUACUUGAUGCAUGCAAACAUCAGCAUACUAGCUUUAUUAGCUCAUUUUGUAGGUGUACAUCUCAGUCAUGUGUUGGUACAUAACACAUGCUAACAUUAGCAUGCCAGCAUUUUAAACAACAUUUUCCGCUGCACACCUCAGAGUAAUGUAGUAUGGUACUUGAUGCAUGUUACAGUUACCAUUUAAACAUGCUUACAUUAGCAUGCUAAUUUAAUAGCCAUAAACCUCAGUCAUAUUUUGGUACUCAAUGCACGCUAAUAUUAGCGUGCUAGCAUUUUAAACAAAUCAGGUACAGACCUCAGAGUAAUAUUAUGCUACUUGAUGCAUGUUACAGUUCGCAUUUUAGCAUGCUAAAAUUAGCAUACUAGCUUUAUUAGCUAAUUUUGUAGGUAUACACCUCAUCCAUGUGUUGGUACUUGAUGCGUGCUAACAUUAGCAUGCGGGGAAAAAAUCAGCUAUACACAGAGUAAUAUAUUAUGGCAAUUGACGCGUGUUACAGUUAGCAUUUUUGCAUGCUAAAAUUAGCUUACUACCUUUAUUAGUUAAUGUAGGAUUACACCUCAGACGUAUGUUGGUGCUUAAUAGAUGCUAACAUUUUCUUGGUAGCAUUUUAAACAAAUUGCUCAGGUUCACACAGAGUAAUAUAUUUCUGUACUUGAAACGUUAUAGUUAGCGUCUUAGCAUGCUAACUUUAAAAUGCUAGUUUUUUCUAGCUAAUUCAGCAGGUAUACAACUCAGUGUCAUAUAUUUUGAUAUUUCACUAAUUGGUAAGCAUGUUAGCAUAGUACUGUUAGCAUGCUAGCUUUUUUUUAGUCCAUUUUGCUCAUAUCCUUUUUAGUUGAUGCUAUCUGGCCAGUGUGCUAACUGUUACCAUUUCAGUUUGGCUUUGGCCUGUCAGCAUUCACGCAAAAUUUAUAUCAAAAUGGCAUUUAGUAGUUCCAUAGAUUGGAAGUAAAAACUACAAAAAUGGCCGCCGCAUCCUUUUCCAAUGGAAAAAGUUUGGGGCAACAAUGCGUUAAAGGUUAAAGAUGGAAGGACCGUUACUUCCACGGUGCGUUUGAGGUCUGUAGGAGACACAAAUGUUGCAUGAGGGGCCUCGCUCUUCUUCUGUGGUCUCAAACUAAAGUGGGUCAUUCGCACACCUGGGAGCCAAAAAGCCGCUGUCACCGCCAUGAACAGGAAGUGGGAAGUGAUCACGCAGACACCAUUUGGGGGGGGGGGUAAUCCAUCCAUCCAUUUUCUACUGCUUGUCCUUUUUGAAGUCGCGGGGGGUGCUGGAGCCUAUCUCAGCUGCAUUCGGGCGGAAAGCGUCGUACAACCUGGACAAGUCGCCACGUUAUCACAGGGCCACAUUGUUCAUUUUUGAAGUGCAAUUAGGAAUUAAUUAGCAUAAUCCAGGGGCGUCCAAACUUUUUCCACUUAUAUUUUGAUAUUUAUCAUUUUCAAAACCAAUACAAUAUAUUUAUAUUUUUUACUUUUAGGGACCAGGGGGAAAUAAGUAUUAUACAUUUUUUUUAAAUGCUUAAAUCUCUCUAUUAACUUUAGGUCUGUUUGUUGAUACAGGUAAAGAUAAUAAUAAUAAUAACAAUAAAAGCAUGUUUUUUCUGGCAAAAAAACAAAAUAUGUAAUAUUUCCCCCCCCCACAAAAUUCAUAAUCCAGGGGCGUCCAAACUUUUUACACUUCCAUUUUGAUAUUUUUUGUUUUCAGAACCAAUACAAUAUACUUACAUUUUUUUACUUUUAGGGACCGGGGAAAAAUAAGUCGUAUACAUUUUUUUAUUAUUAUGCUUAAAUCUCUCUAUCAACUUUAGGUCUGUUUGUUGAUACAGGUCAAAAUUAAAAAAAUCAUAAUAAUAAAAUCAUGAUUUUUAUGGCAAAAAAAACACAAAAUAUGCAAUAUCCCCCCCCCCCCAAAAAAAAUCAUAGUGGAGUAUCUGAUUGAAGUAACUGGAGCCCUAAAUAAGUCAUUAGUAUUUUUGAAGUAAUCCAUCCAUCCAUUUUCUACCGCUUGUCCCUUUUGGGGUGGCGGGGGGUGCUGGAGCCUAUCUCAGCUGUAUUGGGUCGUAAGGCGGGGUACUCCCUCUCAUAAUAGGGCCACAUUGUUCAUAUUUGAAGUGCAAUUAGCAAUUAAUUAGCAUAAUCCAGGGGCGUCCAAACUUUUUCCACUUCCAUUUUGAUAUUUAUCAUUUUCAAAACCAAUACAAUAAACUUAUAUUUUUUUACUUUUAGGGACCGGGGAAAAAUAAGUCAUGUAAAAAAAUGUUUAUUCUUAAAUCUCUCUAUCAAUGUAUAGGUCUGUUUGUUGAUACAGGUAAAAAUAAAAUAAAAAAUAAUAAUAACAAUAAAAGCAUGAUUUUUCUGGCAAAAAAAAAAAAGCAAUAUUUUUCCCCCCCAAAAAUUCAUAAUACAGAGGCGUCCAAACUUUUUCCACUUCCAUUUUGAUAUUUUUCGUUUUCAAAACCAAUACAAUAUACUUAUAUUUUUUUACUUUUAGGAACCGGGGAAAGAUAAGUCAUUUAAAUUUUUUUUUAUGCUCAAAUCUCUCUAUCAAUUUAUACGUCUGUUUGUUGAUACAGGUAAAAAUAGCAAUAAUAAUAAAAAUAACAAUAAAAGCAUGUUUUUUCUGGCAAAAAAACAAAAUAUGCAAUAUUCUUCCGCCCAAAAAAUUCAUAAUCCAGGGGCGUCCAAACUUUUUCCACUUCCAUUCUGAUAUUUUUCGUUUUCAAAACCAAUACAAUAUACUUAUAUUUUUUUACUUUCAGGGACCAGGGAAAAAUAAGUCAUUUACAUCUGUUUUAUGCUUAAAUCUCUCCAUCAAUUUAUAUGUCUAUUUGUUGAUACAGGUAAACAUAGUAAUAAUAAUAAAAAUAACAAUAAAAGCAUGUUUUUUCUGGCAAAAAAACUAAAUAUGCAAUAUUCUUCCCCCAAAAAAUUCAUAAUCCAGGGGCGUCCAAACUUUUUCCACUUCCAUUUUGAUAUUUAUCGUUUUCAAACCAAUACAAUAUAUUUAUAUGUUUUACUUUUAGGGACCGGGGAAAAAUAAGUCAUAUACAUUUUUUUUAAUGUUUAAAUCUCUAUCAACUUUAAGUCUGUUUGUUGAUACAGGUAAAAAUAAUAAAUAAUAAUAAUAAUAACAAUAAAAGCAUGUUUUUAUGGCAAAAAAAAACAAAAUAUGCAAUACUUUCCCCCCCUCCCAAAAAAAUUCAUAAUCCAGGGGCGUCCAAACCUUUUCCACUUCCAUUUUGAUAUUUUUCGUUUUCAAAACCAAUAUAAUAUACUUAUAUUUUUUACUUUUAGGGACCAGGGAAAAAUAAGUCACAAACAUUUUUUUUUAUGCUUAAAUCUCUCUAUCAACUUUAGUUUAGGGAAGGAACAGCCAGCCGGUAGAAGACCACAAGGACGACUUAGGACACGUUGGGGGGGACUAUGUAUCCCAGCUGGCCUGGGAACGGCUCGGGAUCUCCUGGGAAGAGCUGGACAAAGUGGCUGGGGACAGGGAAGUCUGGGCUUCUCUGCUUAGGCUGCUGACCCCGCAACCCGACCUCGGAUAAAUGGAAGAUGGAUAUUUUUUUUAGGAAUGACAGUUUAAAAAAAAAACAUUCACAGAAGUGUUAAAAUAAAUAUUUAUUAUUAUUUUACUAUUAAGAUUCAAGUCUCUGAUUAACUUUAGAUCUAUUUGUUGAUCAUAGGUGUUUGUUAUAUUUUUUUUAAUGUUUUUUUUUCUGCCCUUUUGUCAAAGAAAACAACAACAAAAAAAAAGCCAUAAUUUCUACCAAAAUUUUACAAAGACAAAUAUUUAAUGUGACGUAAUUGGAGCCUUGAAUAGAUCAGUAAUUCAUAACAACAUUGAUUUUUUGAUUCAUGAUUAUUUUUUGAGCAAUGACCCAAAAAAAAAAGAAAGUCAACAUUGCCAAUUUUUCUUGUUACAUGUAUCUGUUUGCUCUUGUAUUCCACUCUUUUAUAUUAUCUUAUGAAUGUGCCGCGUGCCGUUAAAUUUUUUUUGCUGCAGACAAUGCUUUGGAUACCCUUGGGGUAAUGCAGGGAGACAAUCAGAGAGGUAUAAUGGUCACGUGCUUAGGCUUCUCUGCUUAGGCUGGUGCCCCCGCAACCCGACCUCGGAUAAAUGGAAGAUGGAUAUUUUUUUUUUAGGAAUGACAGUUUAAAAAAAAACAUUCACAGAAGUGUUAAAAAUAAAUAUUUAUUAUUAUUUUACUAUUAAGAUUCAAGUGUCUGAUUAACUUUAGAUCUAUUUGUUGAUCAUAGGUGUUUGUUAUAUUUUUUUUAAAUGUUUUUUUUCUGCCCUUUUGUCAAAGAAAACAAAAAAACAAAAAAAGCCAUAAUUUCUCCCAAAAUUUUACAAAGACAAAUAUUUAAUGUGACGUAAUUGGAGCCUUGAAUAGAUCAGUAAUUCAUAACAACAUUGAUUUUUUGAUUCAUUAUUAUUUUUUGAGCAAUGACCCAAAAAAAAAGAAAGUCAACAUUGCCAUUUUUUCUUGUUACAUUUACCUGUUUGCUCAUGUAUUCCACUCUUUUAUAUUAUUUUAUGAAUGUGCCGCGUGCCGUUAAAAAAAAUUUGCUGCAGACAAUGCUUUGGAUACCCUUGGGGUAAUGCAGGGAGACAAUCAGAGAGGUAUAAUGGUCAGGUGCUGUUAUUUGGCAGCAUCCCAAAUAAAAGCAGGAAUAAAUCGAUCAAAUGAACAAUAAAUGCACUUAUUUUCAAUAACGACAGGAGGAGCAUGUACAGAACAUCAAAUGUUAACCGAGCAAUAAUCCUCUCAUCAAUUUUCGAUUUAUGAAAUGAGAUUUUUUUCGAAAGGAAAAGUGUUAUUUAUUGAAGGUGGCGCCAGUGAGUCUUGUUGUUGUUUUUCUAUUCCAAUAAAGAUCUGUUUGUCACAAAUGUGCUUU